AUGAGUGCCGACCACCACGUAGAUGAAGGGACGCCACCUGUUGUCAUUGACAAUGGUUCGUUUCGCUGCAAGGCAGGCUUUGCGGGAGAUGAUUAUCCAAAGUACAUAUUUCCAUCUCAGAUUGGCAGACCAAACGACACGGAGAGUGACUCAAUAGCAGCAGUUGAUGUAAGGGAUACAUUUGUUGGAGAACAAAUACAAAAGAAAAGAGAUGUUCUGUCAAUAACUUGUCCCAUCGAGAGAGGCAUUAUUACCAACUGGGAUGAUAUGGAGAAAAUCUGGCAGCACGUUUUUCAAGAAGAACUACAUGUUGAAUCAGAAAACCAUCCCGUGUUACUGUCUGACGUUCCUUUAAACCCAAAAACCCAUCGCGAGAAGAUGUGCGAAGUUAUGUUUGAAACUUUCAAAACGCCAAUGUUUUCUGUUUCUUUAGGGGGAGUUCUUGGCAUUUACGCUUUAGGGCGUGUGUCUUCUAUAAUACUCGAUGUGGGCCACGAAGUCUCGCAUGUUCUCGCAAUUUAUGAGAGUUAUACAUUUAAAAACGCAAUCGAUAAGUUAAAUUUCGGCGGGAAAGAUUUGACAGACUAUAUGCUGGAGAUGUUGAAUUCUAAAAGUGGUACCAGUUUUACGUCGAAUUCUGAAAAAGAGACAGUUCGCGAGAUUAAAGAAAAGUUAUGCUACACGGCAAUAGACUUUGAAAAAGAGAUGGAGCGUUCUAAUUCCGAGUCCGACGCCAUUGAACGAACAUAUAAACUGCCAGAUGGAAGUAAGAUAACAGUUGGAAGCGAAAGAUUCCAUUGUCCAGAGGCUCUUUUUCAACCGCACUUAUUUAAAAAAGAUUUUCCUGGACUUCAUAAGUUUUUUCAUUCAAGCCUAAUGAAGUGUGAUGUGGAUGCAAGACCAGAUUUAAUGUGUAACAUGAUCUUAUGCGGUGGAUGCACGAUGUUUCCAGGUGUGAAAGAAAGAAUGCAGAAGGAAAUGGUCGACCUGAUUUCAAAAGAUAAAAGAGUAAGAGUUAUUGCCCCUCCCGAAAGGACGUUCAGUGUUUGGAUCGGAGGCUCAAUCCUAGCCGCUCUCUCAUAUUUCGGGACCAAAGCUGUGUCGAAAAAGGAAUAUGAAGAAAACGGCCCUGGAAUUGUGCAUUCCAAGUGUUUCUGA